UCUGGUCCAACAAAUCAAGAUUUGUUUUGCACUUCUUUUUCACUUGUUCAACUGAAGAAGUAGAAAAGGGAACUCGAGAGAAACGAGAGGAGAUACAUCAAUGGGGGCAUUGACGGCAUCACUGAUAGCCAUAGUAGGUUUGGCAUUAAGCUGGAUCACCAUCGAAAUCGCCUGCAAACCUUGCCUCGAUCAAGGCCGUGAAGCCAUUGAUCGUACUCUCAAUCCUGAUUAUGAUCCCGACGACGACGAUCCUCGCCUACCUCUAAAUCCAAACCCUACUCCUUCAGAUCAAACCGAUUCCAGUUCCACAAUCGUCAAGACUGUCUGAUUGGCUUCAUUUCGAUGGUGAUUUCAAUAGAUCGAUCGCGUACGUGUUUCGUGUAUCUCUUUGUUUAUUUCUUAUAAUCAUCAUUAUCAUGUUGUCAUCUCUUUCUGACAUUGAAUUCGUGUCUUUCCCCUUUUUUUAAUUUGUUCAUCUGCGUAUUAUAAAAAGGCAAAUUUACAUGAUAGUGAACUCGAUAUGUACUGUGAUGAUGAAAUCUUUUUGAAAUUAUUUAUGACUUCCGAUUUGAUGCUUCA